CGCCUCCGAAGCUACGAGAACCCUCCUCCCAUCGUGAGGCAAUCGCCAACGAGAAGCUUACAGAUCCCUCCAGAACAGGCUUUCGUAGCAUGCGCGUCCCUUCCUCGACGUGCGAGUCCAUUCUCGAAGGAUCUUGCGGCGGGUCCUUUGAUUUUUCAGCGAUGUUGCCGGAACGCUGGGGAAGGCACGAUGGUGCCUACUUCCAUUGUAUAAAUCCGUCGUCUUGAUCACGUCUAAUACCGAUUUCUUCUCAUCUGAUCAGAACAUCAAGAACAACAACAAGCAAACACAGCUACAACUCUCUCACACAAAACAACAAAAACAGCCACCUCUCCCAACUACUAUAUCUUUCUACUCAUAAACCAACCCACAAUACUACCACUUCACACCCUCACCACAACCAACAACAACACCAUCAAAAUGGCCGCCUUCUUCCCCCGCAACUUCUACAACUCCGACGCCUCUUUCACCCCUCUCUUCCGCCUUCUCGAGGACUUUGACAACUACUCCCGCCAGGGCAAUGGUACUCCUUCCGGUGGCGCCCGCGGCACCCACCGCAACCACGUCCCGACCUUCCAGCCCAAGUUCGACGUCCGCGAAGUCGAGGACGCCUACGAGCUGCACGGCGAGCUCCCCGGCCUGAGCAAGGAAGACGUCUCCAUCGAAUUCACCGACCCGCACACCCUGCACAUCCGCGGCCGCGUCGAGAGGUCUUACACCGCCGGCACCCCGCCCACCGCGGGCCUCCUCCAGUCCUCUUCCGGAACUGAGAUGAGCGGCGCCAUCACCGACGGUAGCGGCAACGAUACCGCUAGCACCACCACCAGCACUGAGCGCCCUCGCUCGCCUCACCAGGCUACCGUCGAGGAUGAGGACGACGACGAGACAAACUCCACCGCGCAGCCUACGCCCGCCACCACCGUCGCCGAGGUCGACAAGUCUGCCUCUGCCGCUGCUGCUGCACACCACCACAAGAAGGAGCCGGUCGACAACGCAAAGUACUGGGUCUCGGAGCGCAGCAUCGGCGAGUUCAGCCGGGUCUUCAACUUCCCCGGCCAGAUCAAGCAGGAUGCCGUCUCGGCUGGCUUCAAGGAUGGUAUCCUUUCGAUCCGGGUGCCCAAGGCUCCCAGGCACGAGACGCGCCGCAUCUUCAUCAACUAAGAUUGGCUCCGGUAUUUUUUGACACCAUCAUCAUGGCGAUUACGACCUGUUCGACUGUACAACAGUAAACAAUAAUGAGAAUUGAGUGGAUCGGGAUGGAUUUGAUGGAGGGAUUAGCACAAUGGGUCUUGCAUUGGGAUUGGUGUUUCGGCUUUCUUCCUGCUUUCCUUCGCUAUAUACUAUCAAUGAGAAUAAAACAGUUCAAAAACAGAUUGAUUCCAGCAUGCAUUUGUGAAGUUGUCUACUUUGAGCUUAACUUGAAAAGAGAUGGUGAAGGUCUGAGCUGGGAGUUACAACAUCUACAUGUGAUGUUACAAGCUGUUGGAUACAAGAACCACUUGUUCGGACAGUGGCUUAAGGCGAGUUCUCAACCGAGUCCUGACAUUUGAAGACUGCGACAGACCUGCGAAUACCUUAUCUUGAGGAUGUUAUGAUGGAGAAUUGCCGCGCUGC